CUCUAUGGAAUUAUGGAUUUGUCAUUGCUCGGAAGCCAGCGCGUUGUGCUUAUUGAUUAUACAUAAAAAGCAUUUAAUUUAGGUAUCUGAAGGAAACUUACUACCUCGUGAAUAGUUAUUAAAUUAUGGAUUAUUAAAAUACGAUAUAUUCAACUAACGACAUGGUUGUUUCACCACAAACCCCCGACAACGAUUCCCAAAGUGUGCAAACAAAAAGAAACAACAUGGCGUCCAAACAAUCCUCUGUUGCUGAUACUAGAGCUGAGUUAGCGGAAUUGGUCAAAAGAAAGGCCGAAGUCGCUGAAACCCUUGCAAACUUGGAACGCCAGAUAUAUGCAUUUGAAGGAUCAUAUUUAGAAGAUACUCAGCUUUACGGAAAUAUCAUAAGAGGAUGGGACCGAUACUUGACCACCAACAAGAGUACAAACUCAAAAGCAGACAAACGAAACAGAAAAUUCAAAGAAGCAGAGAGAUUGUUUUCAAAAUCCAGUAUUACAUCUAUGGCUGCAGUUAGUGGUCUCGUUGAUCCUGCUGAAGCUAAAAAUGAAAGAAACAGUGAGACUGAAUCACAGACAAACGAAGACUCUUCGGACACACAAAUCAGUUCAGGACUUAAUGUUAGCAGUUUGAACCACACCACAAUACAUGGUUCUACUGAAAGUAUAGCAUCUAAACCUUCAGGAAAGCAGCACACCAAUGGUGGUAUUGAAAAAGUUAUCAACCAUUCUCAAACAAAGCAAAAUUUGACACAAAAGAUUGCUUCCUCAUCUGGCAUGUUGCAAAAAGCAUUUGGAAGUGACAGUAAAAUGCUGUCAGCUGUAGGGCUCGACAGCAGACCUAGUACACCUAAGGACAAGGACUCUAGUAUGAAUAUGUUGAACAAGGGAGACAUGACACCAAACUCAUUAAAACACAAGAUGUCUGCAACCAGUACAAGUAAUAGUAACAGUAUGAAGAAAAAUAACAACAAAAAAGCUAGACAUCGGUAAUCAGACAUACAUUAGUGACUUAAAUCUGUUUUUAUGUGCCUAAAAUGUGCGUACUUAUCAUUUAGACCCAAUGUUAUCAAAAUUAGUUUUAUUUCUUUGGUCAAUUUGUAAAUACAUAUUGUGUUUUAUGUUA